UCGCGUGAAUCGCGUUCGGCGGUAGAAACAGAUGAUGUGACCCCCCAUAGAGAUGUUUCCUGAAUUGUGUCGACUUUGCGAGCGGCCAGUGGCCGACGGCGGCUACCUGGCGGCCGAACUGGACUUGCAAAAACUGCACGAAUGGUGCUUGAUCUUCUUGGGGACGUCUUUGUCGGAAAAUGUGAGGGAUGACGACAUGAUUUGCUACUUUUGCACAUGGGAUGCCAAGUUUUUAUUGGAUAAUGGCAUCUGUGAUAACACAAUUUGUUGGUGGCCCAAAGAUGAAGUUCUGCAGAAAGUUCCAAUGAUGAUUUACGAAAACUAUACAGAUGCAAAAUUGAAGCAGUGCUGGGUGUCUUUGGAAAAGCUGAAAAGAGUUCAGUGCAACUCAAUACAGAGUGGCCAAGGAAAGAAGUCAAAGAAAACAGCAAAGUGCAUCUAUUGUUUGAAACACUAUGUCAACUCAAAUAAUUUAGUCUUGCAUGUUAAUCGAAUGCACAAGCAUGUAGCUUUAAAGUGUGACUUUCACAAACUGUGCGUCACCUUUUUCAAGACUGAGGAAGACCGAAAAUUGCAUGUUGAAAAAUUCCAUAUGGCCCCACAAGAGAAAAUUCUCUAUGACUGCCCUGAAACUGCCCUGCCCAGAAAACAGUUGUACGACCAUGCUCGGCACAACCACCCUACCAAAGUAAAUCAGUGUAAAAUUAAGAGAUGCGGAGUAUAUUUUAAAACUCGAGCUGAUCUGGACUUGCAUUUUGAGAAGGAGCACAAGGAAAAGAACAAAUUCACUUGUCAUUUUUGCAGUUACAAAGCUAGGGACAAAGAGUACUUGUUGAAACACAAAUUUUCCAAACACUACAAAAGUGAGAAAAAACCCAUCAGGUGUUCAAAAUGUCCAGCCAUAUAUAAAUUCCAGGCGAGUUUAAAUCUCCAUCUUUACCUGGCUCACAAGUUACGCGAGUGCUACACUUGCAGGACUAAAAUCAAAGCUGGCGUUUUCAAUUACCACAUUACCAAGGUCUCCUGUUUCAAGUGCGGAGCCAGAUUCAGCUGCAGGGGUGCUUUACUCGCCCACCAAAAAGGCUGCAAAAUGUCAAAGUUCCGGUGUGAAAUGUGCUCAAAAGUUUUUAAAUGGAAAAAUUUCCUGAAGCGUCACAUUAGUAAAGAUCAUUUAAUGUAAGUGCUCAUGUUUUUUUCAGUAUUUAAAUUAUUUAUUCAAUGAAAUGCAGUUGUAUACGUCAAAUUGAAAAAUGAAUAAAGGAGUAAAUAAAAUUAAA